GCUGCCUGGACGGUGCCGGAGAUGACGGUGGAAGCGGUACAAGUGCUGAUGGCCUUGCAGAAGCGCUUGACGGCGGAUGAGCAGCUCAACCUCGAGCAACUCAGGAGGUUGGCUGCCAUCGCCUCGGAGAGCUUGGUGUCCAGCCUCCUCACUGGUGCUGGCGCCACUGCCCAUGCCAGUGGCACGCUGUUGGCACUCGCCAUACGGGCGGCGCCGAUGUGCGAUUCGCAUCGCAUGGACCAUUUUCAGAUCUUCUUGGAGGUGCUGCAACACCGUAGUCCUGAGUUAGCCAAGGCACAGGGCGCCGCGGCACAAGUGGCUACAGUCUUGGCACAGGCGAUUGCCGCGCUGGCCUCCUCCAAGACGGCCUGUCGUGCGUCCGGUGCAGCGGCCACGACGGGUGCACGGCUGGUGGCGGUGGCGUUCUUGUCGCCGGCCUUGCGAGAGAAAGACGACGCCAUGAGGCUCUUCGUGCGUGGGAUCGUCAGGGGUCGUUAUCGUCAGGUGCGGCAGGACCUUCCCUCCGACCCGCGGCCGCGACCUCCGAUGGAUGGCGACCUCGAGCUCCGCACCGCUCCGCCCGGGACCGCGCGCAGUCCCGCGCUGGGCAGCGGGGACGACGGCGGCGAGGGCACGGAUGAGGAGUCGGAGAGCAGCUGUUCUGGGAGCUCCAGCGCUGAGGUGAAGGAGGCGGACCUCGCAGCACAGACCAUGGGCAGUGACUUCGCACUGCAGCGGGUUCCCAAGCACGCGCGCUAUGGUUGGUUCUCCAUGGCCAUUGAGCAGGUCGCGCAGGGUGGCUGCGUCGUGGUGGUCGUGGUCGGCGCUCAGUUGGGACAUCGGAUGAGUGCCACGGAGGCGCUCGUGGCGGUGGUCUUGGGCAAUGGAUUUCUCGCAGUGAUUUGCAUGGUGGUGGGUGCGAUCGGCUGCCGCGAGGGCUUGACCACCUCGCUCUUGGCGCGUUGGACGGGCUUCGGCGUGGUCGGCUCACAGCUCCUGAGCUUCAUCGUGACGCUCAGCUUAGUGAGUUGGUUCGGAAUCCAGGCGGCCAUCGCCGGAGAAGGCUUGCACACCAUCACCAGCGGCAUCACCAGUUUGCAGCUAUCUUGGCCUUGGACCGCACUCAAUGGUUUUCUGGUGACGUUGGUGGCAGCCUUCGGCUUUCGCUACAUCGUGGGCAUCGCCUGGCUCACUGGCCCGGCCUUUCUGGUGGCCGUCGUGUGGGCCUUGUGGCGCGUGGAGGAAGCACACGCUCCCAGCGAAGACACGCAGCGCAUGUCCGUGGGCGAAGGCACGAACCUGGUGGUGGGCGGCUACAUCGUCGGCUCGGUCAUCGUCAGCGACGCCUUUCGCUUCAGCCGCAGCAAGCGACAGGUGGUGUCUCAAGUGCUUCUGCCGCGAUCCUUGGCGAUUAUCGGCUACAUGUUGGCCGGGGUGCAGAUGGCGCGGAUGUGCGGCACCGACGACGUGAUCCAGAUCAUGAAGCGAACCGUUGGCCUCUGGGCGGUGGUCGUCGUGGUGGCUGGAGAGAUGGUCAUCAACUGCACCAACUUGUACUUCUCGGGCUUGGCCUUGGUGGCCAUUGGAGAUCAGAGCUGCGGCUUUCAACUGAACCGCCCAGUGGUGACGAUGAUCUGUGGAGUGCUGGGAAGUGUCUUCGGCGCUCUGGGUAUCUUGAAGAAGUUCAUCAGCUUCCUCACCGUGCUGGCCGUGGCCUUCCCACCAGUGCCAGGCAUCAUGUGCAGCGAGUACUUUCUGGUGAAAGCCUUCCGUCCAAGCUUGGAGGAGUCGCGCCGUGCGGGUGGCGCUCUACCGAGCUGGGCACCCACGGUGGUGCCCUGGGCGCUGGUGAUAUGGCUCCUGGGAGCGCUGGCGGGGAAGUUUCUUCCCUUGGGCGUUCCAGAGCGAUACAGCGCAGGAGCGCACGAUACAGCGCAGGAGCGCGCCUCAAGGACGGCGCGCGCGCCGCGAACUGGAGAGGUGGCAGCGGAUCACGCCAGUGCGGACCUCUUGCUGAACGCGUUCAUGGGAAGCCUAUCGGUGGUGUUGAGGUCCCGUGGCACGGGAGACGCGAAGGUCACCUGUGUGAAGAUCGUGGCGCGCAUCGUGGAGACGGCGCGCGUGGCCUUGGCGGAGCUGGACGAGGCGAAGGAGAAGCUUCUUUGCCCAGCCUGCCGCGCCUCUCAAGACGCCUGUUCGGCCUGCCAGGAGAACUCUGACAGCCCGUCGGGAGUUCACAGCUGCCGCAGCACUCGAGCGCCGAGCGAUGCCACCUUGGAGGAGGGUUGCGAUGUGUGCCUUUUGCGCUGGGCGGUGCAAGAGAUGGUCCACAGGUACGGCCUCGCGGAAGUUCCUGACUUCGCGCCCUGGCCCGCGCGUUUCUUGUUGCUUGAGACGUGGAAAGAUCCGUACGAGACCGCAGAGGCAGUGCUACUGUGUGCAGAGCGGCAGCUACAGCUGGCGAUGUGGCAGGAGGAAGAGAUGCCGUUCUGUGCGCAAGAACUCCUGCGACAUGGGCAAGAGAUCCUUGCAGGCGCCUCCGCGGCGGUGCGACCGAGCUUUCCCAGCGAGGCGGCUGCCCAGCGUGUGGCCUUGCAGCAACAGCGCGACCACGUCCGACGACAGCGCGCGAGGAUGGCCCGGGCACUGGCAGCACAGCUGAGGUCUCCGCGGGCUCUCUUGAGAGCGACGGCCUUGCGCGCGCUGCAUGCUGCUGGGGAUUGUGUCAAGCUACCCAAAGCAGUCCUUCAAGAGACCAUUGGCAAAGAUCCCAGCGCCUCGGUGCGGUUGGCCGCCUUGGCAUUGCUGGACCAGGUGCGAAGCGGGGACGAAGCGAAGCUGAAUUCGACGAGCUUGGAGAAUACUGCAGUGUUGGGUUAUCCCAAGAACGAAGCGAUUCUUCUGCUCUUCUGCAUACUGCGUCCCUCUUCGGGGCCAGUUGGAGCCAUGGCUGGAGCCAUGGCUGGAGCCAUGGCCAUCCUGGCCUUGCUCGCCCAUGCGGAGACGAGCACCUCGGGCUCCAAAGAUGGGAGGAGGUAUUUCCCGACGCUUCCGAACUUGCCGACGCAACAAUCGACGAUCGGGGCCUGCCAAGCACUGUGCGCGCUGGAGCCGGAAUGCAGGUAUAUCUCUUGGUGGGGUUCCGGGCAUUGCGUCCUCUCCGGCGAGGGUGCGUACAUGGUGCAGGACCUCUAUGCCACUGCGGGGCCGAAGCACUGCACCGAAGUCUUGGCGAGUUGUCGCGAGAGGCCUUCGGCCCGCUUCCCCGGCAUGACGCCCAUCGCUUCGGCGCAGGCGUGGCCCUCGGGAUGGGUGCCCUUCCCCAUGGAGUGUUGGCCGCAAGCGGGUCGUCUUCUGGAAAGGUGCGAGAAACAGCAGGUCCUCCAAAGCCCCGGCGAUGGGGCCUUCAACUGCGACAACCUGGUCCUAACCCCCGUGCCGCUUUACGAGACGUGCCACUCGCACUGCGGGAAGCAGCCCCUUUGCUCCAUCUACGUGGAGAAUGCCACCGGCUGUUUCCUCGGUCGGUCCACCGCCGGCUUCAAUUGCUUCAGCAAGUCGCCCAGGAGACCCAUCCGCGCAGGGCGUUUGCUGCACGGGGAGGUGCGUGUUCUGGUGGAUCUUCGACAAAGCCGAGUCUUAGGACUCACCAAGGUCUUUAAAGAGGAGGACUUGAUCGGCAAUCCACGCUCCGUGGGGGUGGAGGGCUGUCGUGCCUCCUGCUACUCCAGCCUCAACUGCCGCUACUGGCAGUAUCUCCUUGGACAAGGCUGUUGGCUUGAGGAACCUGGCCGAAAUGUUCUGUUUCCGCUGACCGAUGGCAACGUGUAUCGCGACUUCUCGAUCGCCAUUGCGGGAGAGUAUAUUCAGCACUUCUGCCCGGGCUUGGGUUGGACUCCUUCUGAGGAAUGGAUUCUGGUGGCGCAAGACACGGGCUGCGUGAACAGCAGCUCUGUCAAGGAUUUGGGCGAGGCCGGCAUCUUGCAGUGUCAGAAGCUGGCCGCCAGCGAGGGCUGUGCUGGGACAAUCUUCGGCGAUGGCCAGCGGUGCUUCUGCAUGACCAGCGGCCUUUGCGAGCGACGGCACCAGGCGAACUUCCAGCUCUACGAGCGGAAGGACCUCGUGGAGGUGUCGCCCGUGGCCGAGAAUGACGCCUAUCUGCGGAAGGUUCCAGCCGAUGUGCAAGGUGUCCACGUGGAAGUGGCCCUGAAGGGUGUGAGUUACGACUCCGUCGAGGCCUCGACCUCGACGCAGCUGGAGCUGCUGCGGAGCCAACUGGCCGAGGCCGUCGCGGGCGCCACAGGUGCUCGGGCCUCGACGAUUUGGGAUGACUCCGGCCACACCCGGAAGGUCGAUUUGAAGCCUGGCUCCUUCGGGGAGGAGCUUCGAGUGGAGUUCAACAUGGAAAGACCGAGGAGUAGCGACGAGCUCACGCGCAGCCUGGGCUCCCACGAGCUGCAGGAGUCCAUGCGCAAAGCCGUCUACGCGCUCUCGCCUGAGAGCAUCACAGGACCCGUGAAAGCCACCGUGUCCUAUGGCCCGGAGGAUGUGGGUCACGCACCUCUUUGGUGGCUGCCGGCCAUGCUGAUUGGACUUUGUUUCGUCUUGAUGUUGACCUUUGUGUGCAUUCUCAAUGCCAAGGGCAUCCGGAUGGAGCAGACGGCCUGCGAUGCAUCCGUGUGUGAGAACCCCCUGGAUGGACUCUGCGACUCUGGCUCGGAGGACGAGGCCAAGCCGCGGCCCUCGCCGCGAUCCACGGAUCGGAUGCGCAUGUUCCGCCCCUCACAGAUGGCCCGCUCCUCCUAG